AUAAAACAAAAACAAUCUAAAAGAGCUUUUAAUAGAAUUACAAUAAAGAAAGACUGAGUGUGACAUGUAUUCUAACGGUGCAUUUCAUGAGGAAGAAAAGGAUGGCAAACUAUUACUGAUGUACCAUCACCCCAAGUAUUGUCCUAUACCACAAACACAGUCCCCAACCUCUUCCACUGACCUUCCUCUCCAACCUCUUUUUUUAUGCCCUCGAAUACGACGGUGGAAAUACAUGUCUUCUAGAAGUUCAAACACUUUUCCGCUUAAUUCUUCCCCAGAGUACGUCUUUCCUACAACAACAAACUCUGAUGAUCAUCAUGUAAUGCCUUUGUUUUGGUGCAACAAUAGAGAAUUUGAUGCCAAUGGUGGAUGCUACAUAUGCGAAGGCUCAAAUUUCGGCACAGACUAUUACUUCUGUAACUACUGUGGCAUAAAAUUACACAAAGAAUGUGUUCAGUCUCCACCUAAAAUCAAACACCCUUUCCACCCUGAGCAUUCUUUCCAACUUUUCUUUCAUGAUGAUUUGUCUCGUAAAAUUGAGUGUUUGUGUUGCGGAAGAAGAGCACAUUGGUUGAUAUAUCAUUGUACCAUAUGUCAGGCUUUUAUGCAUCCAAUAUGUGCGAUGAAGCCAAUACCCUUUGCUAUAGACCCACCUAAAAAUCAUGUCCACCCUCUCACUUUCUUCCCUAGACAAACUUCCUUAACUUGUAACCUUUGUGGUAUGUUGAGAAAAAUUUAUCCCACCUACAUUUGUUUCAGAUGUAACUUUGUUGCUCAUAAUGAUUGUAUGAAUUUUCCACACAUAAUCAAGAUAUCACGUCAUCGCCAUCGUAUCUCCUUCACUCUUUCUCUUCCAUCUAGAGAAUGGUUUUGUGGAGUUUGUCGUUUAAGUAUUAGCAAUGAUUGUGCUGCAUAUACUUGUGACAAGUGUAGUGAUUAUGUUGUUCAUCCAAUAUGUGCUACUGGGAAGAAUGUGUGGGAUGGAAAAGAACUCGAAGGUNCCAUCGUAUCUCCUUCACUCUUUCCCUUCCAUCUAGAGAAUGGUUUUGUGGAGUUUGUCGUUCAAGUAUUAGCGCUGAUUAUGCUGCAUAUACUUGUGACACGUGUAGCGAUUAUGUUGUUCAUUCAAUAUGCGCUAUUGGGAAGGAUGUAUGGGAUGGAAAAGAACUCGAAGGUGUACCAGAAAUAUUGGAUAUAA